AAAAAAAGAUACCCCUUGAACUUCCAAAGAGCUUCCUAGGCAUAGCAAAACCUAAUAUAAAAUAACAAUACAACAGCAAAAUAUUUAGCCCAGGCUACUCUCGGAUACGAUAUGUAUUGUUAGUCUAGUGCAGUUUUUACUUGAUGAAUCCCUUGCGCACCGUUUUUGUGUGUUUCGUGUAAGAUGAGCUCGUACGUAGCAAACAACAUUUUCAAGGAGCACACGCACGAGGCAUCCUCCUUUAACACCAUGAAUAGUUUUGGCAGUUAUGGCUCUCUCUCUUCCCUCCAUCAAGCCAAUUAUGCCUAUAACGGAGGUCUUCAUUUCAACGGAACAUUCACCUCCUCUGAUUCCACUGCGAACUCUCUGAAACUAGAAGAGAUGGAAACUAGCCUGCGAGGCAAUACGGACACUCAACCUCCACCACGACUACAGUCUUGCUCAGCUGCGAGCUCCCGGAACUCCGUGCAAAACUGCCUUCGUGAUGGGAUACUGAGCAAAGGAACUGGAAGGCCAAUGGAAGUGGUCGAAAACCCUAUGACUGAAGAAAACGCAAUCAAAGUCGAAACUAUGCAACCUGUGAAAUGUCAAAACCAUUCGAAGAAGCACCAAGACAGUCAACAGCAACCGCAGAUUUUUCCCUGGAUGACAAAACUACACAUGAGCCACGAAUCAUCUGACGGUAAACGCUCUCGAACCAGUUACACCCGCUACCAGACUCUGGAGUUGGAGAAAGACUUCCAUUUCAACCACUACCUCACCCGUCGCAGGCGCAUUGAGCUCGCCAAUUCCCUCUGUCUGAACGAGAGGCAAAUAAAAAUUUGGUUCCAGAAUCGACGUAUGAAGUGGAAGAAGGAUUCGAAACUGAAAUUAAAGGACUCAAUAUAAACAUGGAGUUGAUGACUGAUCUGGAGACGAACUGCUAAGAGAAGUACUCAGAGGGAGACCAUUAUUCGAAACGUGAAUGCCGUUUUCAUAAAUCAGCACUUGUGUUACGGACUAUUACAUUAUUAGCAUAUUACGUGUUUGUAACUUUACAUGUGGACUUUUAUUCUUUGCUUGAUGGAUGUAAAAAUGGAAGGAAAAUAUUGAACAAAAAUAUAGUCAUGUGUUGUCUAAAUGUAAAGAUUGUGUAAAGACCUUUGGAAGUCUUAGGGAGGAGCUGACUAUAAGGCCACUCCCUCUUUCAUGUUUCAAUGCAAAUACAUGAACAUUCUGCCUAUUCUUUUAUCCUUGAGAUAAUAAUUAAGAACAUGUCAGUGAGUGAUACUGAGUGGUAAUACAAUCAUAACGAGAAGACCUAACUGUUCAUGUGUCUUAUAAUGACGAACAUUUUUUAUUUGAUUAAAUGUCUUAAAAUUCG